UUGCGGAGCGAGGGAGAUGCGGGGGAUGGGGGCGCCACUCUCGAUGCCGACACAAAGGCAAGUGCAUGGGACACACGGAGCUGGUGGUGGUGACAGGCGAGACCACACCAUCGCCUUUUUGCAAGUUUUUGAACCAGAUGCUUAGGGCCAGGGUCACAUGGGUUCGGCCGCAACUUUUCCUCCAGACUUUUCUCCUUCUUCAUUUUCUUUGUAGUUGACGUGGCGACUGCUGCCGAGUCAUCCUUGGUUCCACCCGAAUAACGACAAGUAGAGUUGACUGCCACCCUUUGCCCGCGGCAGGCUGUUUGCUGGAACUCGCUGGCUGCAGCCACCCGUAACCCGACAGACGGAAGUUGCAGCGGACGGGUAGCUAGUCACACCCGGGGUGCCUUCAGCCUCAGUGGCAAGAUUGUGUGUGCGAGGGCGGAAUGCCGGGACGAGCCGAGAGCUCUUGAACAUAGGAGAUCGAAACUACUCUCCGCUGACAGAGGGCGCUGCGCUCCUAACUCCUAAUGAGUGUUGGUGUCGUCAGCAGCACACCCGGGAUAGAGUGGACAUUUGGUAGCUGGAUCUGGUGUGCGUACCCUACCUGAACACAGGUCAUGCAGGUUGAGUGAACUGCCCUGACAGUCACCGCAACAGUCGCAGGAACGAGAGAGGAACCCUCUGUGAGCAGAGCGACUGUACAGCCAGGAACCCUGAGGACAGACACACCACGUGACCCCGACAGACAGCCGCCUGCACCCACAGAAACACGGACACCCGUCAGUCUCAGCCACAAACCCUUUGUGACAGCUUCGUCACACAAAUCUUCACAUCACUGAGCCCUGGCACUGAGCCCUGCCAGUGAACCCUAGCUCUGAGCCCCCGACACUGAGCCCCCGACACUGAGCCCCGACACAGCCCCAGCUCUGAGCCCCAACACUGACCCCCGACACUGAGCCACGACACUGACCCCAGAUCUGAGCCCCCGACACUGAGCCACAACACUGAACCCCCGACACUGAGCCCCGGCGCUGGGCCGUUACGGCGAGUGUGUCAGCAAGAUGGAGCCGAGCGCUGGGGAGACAACUCGCAAGGCAAUGGGCGUCGGUGAAGACAGUCACGUGACACAUCCUUCCACACUGAGGUCAAUGCGUGACGUCAAGUUCGCCCCCUCACACCCUGACGUCACGGUGGCGUCGCCACGUACAGUAAUGACGCACAUCUACGUGCUGUACGCGCUGGUGGGGGCGCUGUCCUCGGCGCUGGCGGCCACCAUCUGGCUGACGUCAUGUCGUCUGGACGCCAUGCACAGUGCCCUCGUCAGCAGCAAAGUGACGGGCGGCAAGUUCCCCACUCCCUCCGGUUGUCAUGACGACCUCUCCCAGCGUCUGCGCGACCUUCUGACCCCUCAGUUCCAGGCAGCCAGCGAUGCCAGUGCUGACGCUCAGGGGGAGAAUCUUUCUGACCUGCUGCAGAAACUGGAGGUCAUACGCCAGUCACUCAAAGGUGAAGGACGUCUCCCAGGUGACGAACUGGACACAAGAGAAUCAAGGACGAAAAGAGAAGUCUCGCCUCAAGGUAGCGUCCUGGGGGAGCAGGAAGACUGGGUGUGGAUGAGUUCCUUCUCUAGGAUACCCCGGUCCCAGGACAUGAAAGCAGCUUUGCAGGGCUAUUGCCGGGAUGCACAACUGUACUGUGCGGCGGAAGGAAAGCAGGGUCCACCCGGGGAGCCAGGACCCAAGGGAGACAAAGGACAUUCGGGGGCUCCUGGAAUGCCGGGUCCUCAGGGAGAGAAGGGCGAGGCUCCGGACCCGGACCUUGUGGCUCAGAACCUUGGCAGCAUGGAGCACAUCCGGGGCCCUCCAGGUCAUAAAGGAGACCAAGGCGAGAAGGGUGCACCCGGCGAACGAGGGAAUAUGGGCCCCCCAGGCCCCGAGGGCCGGCCCGGUGUGCCUGGUAUAGACGGCAUGAAGGGUGACAAAGGUGACACAGGUGAGCCUGGAGAGAAGGGAAUGAGAGGACUGAUUGGGUUCCCGGGCGUCAAAGGUGAGCCUGGCCCACAGGGACCUACAGGAGAACGGGGCUUCAACGGAGUGAACGGCGAGGAUGGAAAACGAGGUAGACGCGGCGAAGAGGGCCCACCCGGCCCACCCGGACCUCGGGGCACGGCUGGGGUUCCCGGGGUACCGGGGCUAAAGGGGUACAAAGGAGAUAAGGGGUUGUCGGGGCCAGUCGGACCAGCGGGACAGAAGGGAGAGAAGGGUGACAUGGGACACUGCCCCACUCUGUGUGUUGACACCAGGCAGCCUGCAUCUACCACAGCCCCCACGACCCUAGAGACAACCACCACACCCACUACUACUAUAACUACCACCACGACUGCGUCAACAACAACCAGAACACCUGCACCGACGUUGCCACCGCGUGAAGCUGUAUGCUCCGUACAGAUGAUAGGCAAACCCUACUUCAAGUCGGGCUCCUCCACCCACCAGGGGGCGUGGCUACGAGACCUUUCGCCCCUGAGCGGGCAAAGAGACACGCGACUGUGGGUGACCCACGGCAGCAGGGGCACGCGACUCUACGAGUUCGACGACGAAGCGGCCUUGACCCAGAACGACACGCGCACACUGUACGAGCUGGACGAGCGCAUGCCCUACAUGGGUACGGGCCACGUCAUCUUCCGCGACUCCCUGUACUACCACUGGGCCGACACCUGGAAGAUCGUCCGCUACGACCUGCGCAUGCGUGCUCCCGUGGCUGUGCACCAGCUGCACCACCGGGAAGCCCAGCUGUCCGGCGGCGAGCGCCUGUACCAGGAUGUUGAGGGUCUCGUGGAUUUUGCCGUGGACCAGACCGGUCUGUGGGUCUUGUACGCCAACCUUCGCCCCACGGCCUCACAUAGCGACACCUCCAUGGGGGACAACGACAACGGCAACAAUCGCAACUACCGCCCGAAACCCCCAGAAGACUGGGACGAGGACGUGGUGUUCUUGGCCAAGCUGGACCCCGACAGCCUCAACGUCCUCAAGAAAUGGACGCUUCGUCUGCCCUUGAACUUUCGUGGCAACGCCUUCAUGGUGUGCGGGACGCUGUAUGUCGUGCGCCACGCCAACCGCCAGCGGACCUCCAUCAGCUUCGCCUUUGACGCCUACACCGAUGAGGCGAAGAACGUGAAAAUCGCCUUCACCAACCCCUACGGCAACACGGCGCAGCUGGCCUACGACCCCAGAAAAAACGAGCUUCUGGGUUGGGACUCGGGCAACAUGGUGUUGUACCCUCUCCUGCUGAGUAACAACACCCUAUAGAGUGGCCCCCGACAAACCCUCCCUCCGCCGCCUUGUGGAGGGCGAUGUAGCGGCUGUCUGUAGGGGGAAUGAGUUGCACUCACUUGUAGCUGCUGGGAGUGUCUAGGGUGGAGGAGGUAAUGAAGACAAAAAGAGGGAGGGAAGUGUUUCCUCCAUGUGAUUCACUACGUCACGUGAAGGCUUGUGGUUCGCUUUCUUCCCCUGCAACAAUAUUUCUUCAUGUCUUCUUUCAAUAUGAGCAAAGCAACGUCCAAUGUUUUCUCGUAUUGUCACGUGUUCGCUACGUGCUGGUCAGAUAGCUGACGUCACCUACGUUGAAACAACGUCGACGACUGGCGUCAGGUGACUGGACAGACGACGGUGUCGUGUGCUGGUGAACAUGGACUGUGGUGUUGGUGUCGUUGUGGAGGCCGUGAUGUGGUUAUUGAACUAACUCCAUUUCUGUCGCAGUUGUUGCCAUGUAUAGCGGUUGUUGUUGUGUUGUUUGUUGAUGCGUUUACCUGGUCGGCCGCCCGUCAGGACUGGUGACGCUCAGAAAUAAAUAUUGCGAAACUAUUUUCUAGCUGUUACAGAAUGUUUAGUUAGUCCGUGCAGAGCUUACAAAUGUUUAACUACUCGUGCAGUAAUGUUUCUAUGGUUAUUAACACGUGUUUAGUAAUUCAGAUAAUGUUUAGUAAUUCAGAUACUGUUUAGUAAUUCAGAUAAUGUUUAGUAAUUCGGGUAAUGUUUAUAUGUCAGUCAGACAUUACUGUGCUGCUCACUCACAACUGCUCAUCUACAUUCUACAACAAGCUAUCUUUGCAUUGUCAGGCAGAGAGCUGCACUUGCUGACAUCUGUCAUCUUGUGGUCAGCCACGUGACAGACAAUCGAGAUGCACUGAGUUAGUGUUUAGUUCUGCCCACAAUCGUGACACGUGGCCCACAAGUCCAGAUGUACACAAAUGCAUGAUCUGGUGAACUGGUGAAUCUGGUGAUCUGGUGAUCCGGAAACUUCGUGUAAUUGGUGAUUAUAUUUAGUGAUUGAUGAUUAUUUCUGUUGCGUGGCUAAUGAUUUAGUUACAUGGUGUGAUGUAGCAUACGUGACAUAUGACACAGCAGCGCACACUAGUACUUGUGUCAGUGUCAGUGCCGAUCCUGCUACACUUGUAGCCGAUAAUGUAGUAAACUCUUUGGAAGGUGAAGCAGACAUCACGGCACCUGCCACAUGUAGCGAGUUUCAUGGACCUGCGCAAGAUGUUUAUGUUGUUGUCAGUAAGUUGGUCACUUGGUGUACAACAAUUAACCGUGGAAUGUCAGUCACGUAUUGUGACACACACCGUCAUACACUGGGUGAGGCUUGAAAGGCUCGGUGACAGCAUGUUACACGAUGUUCCACGUUGUUUAUGGAGCACCUUGUGUCAUGUUGGUCACGUUACACGCUGUCACGUCACUCGCGUUACGCGCUGUGUCACGUCACUCGUCAUUUGACAGAAGCACGACGCCGACAGGACACACUGGUGUGACAAACUGUGGGUGUGACAUGCAGGUAGCCCACUGUAUUGUAGUGACACUGUGUCACCGUCACAGACGUUUGCCGAGUGUAUUUUGGAAGCGAUGAUGUUGGAUGACAACAUGUCGUCAGUCAGUGUCACCUUAGCAAGGUCAGGGUCACUUGUAGAGUAGCUCAGUGUGGUUCUCGCGUGUUAUGCCAUUCAUAUAUAAUUGAUGACCACCA